AUGAGCAUCUGGAUCUCCUUGGUGUUGCUUUGCUCCUUUGCCGGCCAGGCCAUCGGCAACGACGUCGCCUUGCAACGUCGAGGCGGCCAGUUCGCCGGGCUGUCGGAACGCGACGGUGACCUCCCCUUGCACUUGAAGGCCAUCAAAAAUGCCAUCGAAAAGGGCUUCACGAUAGACUGGUCCAAGCCGCCCUACCGCGAUAGCUACGAGAGAUCGGGGUGGCCGUGCUUCCUCCGGCUGUGGCAAUGCGCAAGGGCCUACUACUACGUGCGCGACGAAAUCGUCCCCUACGACGCAAAGAUAUCCGCCUGGUACACAGUCAACGUGGAGGGACGGGACACGGCGAGCACGAAUCCUGUGGAGAUGCGCAUCAGCCAGUCCACCUCCCAUCUUCGGUCCGCCACCGAUGGAUGGAGCAUUUCUGCCUCGGGCACCGUCAACCCCCUCGGGAAGGUGGGCGGCGUCGUCACCCACGAGAGAUCCCGGUCGACGGUCAGAGCCAACACCGACACGACCGAGUACUCGCGCACGUAUGUGUGCCCCCCGUUCCACCACUGCCAGAUCCAGACGCUGGCGUGGCACAUGACCAUCACGAACCGCUGCCACAAGACGCCCAUCAUCAACUGUGGCGGGGCCAAGCGAGCUUGCAGAAAACGUCACGUCUGGUGCCAGGAGUUUCGUGACUUUGCCGAUUCGUGGUGCGACUACGACCACGUCCGCAACGACACUUGCACCAUCGAGUCGCCGAUCCUGGAAGCCGACGGGAGGCCCAUGUUUGAGGUCCGCAUGGUGGAGACUCCGCUCCGGCCCAGGAUCAGUGGCUGGACGGCCGACUGCACCGUCGCCAUCUUGGACGACGGGGAGCUCUGGGACCCGUCCACCAAUCUCUUCCUUUCGGCCUCGACUCAGCGGUGGUACCAAAGACCGGGGAGGUUGCUGCCAAAGAAGACGGAAUGUGCAGAUCUAUUUUUGGAUGGUGUCCCCGAGGGUGAGGCGCAGGAUGAUUCGCCGGACACCGACGCAUAA